CGAACCCGAAAAUUUUCGUCCUUUGUUUGUGUGUUUGUUGUUCCCUUCCGCCGCUGCUGUCCGCAAACACAACACUCUCGACGAUCGGUCGACGAUCGUGUGCGUGGCAGUGUGCACUUGCACUGUACUUCUCCUUUUCCCUUUCACCAGUCAGUCAGUUAGUUGUUGUUUUGUCAAACUGACGCACUGUCCGACCGACAACCGGAUCUCACCCCCGUGCGUGAGCAUCAUUUUUUUUUCCUUUCCCACCUCCCCCAACACACACACACACACACUGACGUAUCUCGCUCAGCUUCCACCAGCGUCCACUAACGACCACCAGCGUCAGCCGCCACGAACUGAAGGCCCGCAAUGGACCGGGUCUCAGAGCGUGAAGCGCGCCUUAUGAGGGAUGCUCUUCUUGGCAACCCUCGCCGUACCCGUGGCAAUCCUCGCCGACGUGAACGUGGCAACCAGCGUUCCCAACCCCGCAACCAAGCACAGCAGGAUCAGCAGCAACUGGCCAGAGGUCGUGCGAAUGACAACCGUCCGCGAGAAGUUCUGUCCGACGAUGUUGCACCCUUUCUGCGCGCUGGCGACGGCAUCGUCGAUGAGGCCAUGGCUGUGUCCUUGCGAGCGCUUCACAAAAUGGUGACCACGAACGACAAGCUCAGGGGCUGCUGGCCUCUGCCGUCGGAAGUCUUGCGCGUGGACCGUCUCGUGAACCACAAGCUUGAUGUGCGAGCCAGCGUCGACUUCUUUGUCUUGGACCGCCUGAUCCCCGAUGACAUGGUGCUGAAAGCGUUUUGCUUCAUCACGCAGGUCAUCCACGAGACGAUGCAGGCAACAACACCCGAAAGGUUUUCCACCUUCCUCCUCAAUCUGAAAGGGCAGGAGUGCGACAGCAAGCUCGUGCAGCAGAAACUGCAGCACAUGCUCGACUGGUGCCAAGCUUUCAGAAGCAGCAACCCCGACAACAUCACUACCGACGACACCACUCACGACAACAACGCCCACACCAGGCACACCGUGGAUGAGCUUGCCGAGAUCAAGCUCAGGUUCUUGAACAACGCGGUCAUGCGCCCUGUAUGGCUUGAGUUUGAGAAGGCCCUACAGCGGCUGCUCCCCGACACCCACCGCGUGUGCGAGUUUGACCGAAUCGUCGGUAUGGCAACAUCGUAUGAGGACUCCCUGUCCAGAAUAAAUGCCAUCUUGCAUGGCACGAGCACCAGUGCCAACGGUGGCAGUGACAGCGGAGGCAGCACCAGCGCCGCGACCGCCGACCCCAAGCAGCUCCUGCAGAGUUUGCGCCGCUUGCUGCUUGCCCGCAGCAGUGCAGCCCGCCCCGCCUCAAUGCAGGCUGCCGUCGCCGAUGUGUCUGAAGCCACAAAUGCGUCUCCAGACAGCAGCAGCGAUGGUGGCACCGACCCUUACACACGGGCGCUCGAACAACGCCUCAACACGUUUCUGAAGCGCUGGGGCCAGUGCGUGGCUGACGCGAACAGCACCGAUCCCAGCGGCACCAGCAACUUAGGCAGCGCACCCUUCGCCAUCGCCAACGACCGCGAACUUGCUGAGACCAUCGUGCGCGAUGUGUGGGCCGUCGCCUCGCUGCUGGACUUGGCAGAAGUGUCGAAGCAGUCGACAUGGCAAGACGCGCACACGCAGCUCUCCGAGCAGGCCUGGCAUCAGCUCAGGGCACGCUUGGCCAAGGUGAGGGCUGUCAGCAACAAUCCGAGCACCAACGAAAGACGGGCGCGGCGCAAGGCAGGCACUGCUCUCAACAAGUCUCUUCACAACCACAAGCUCGCCAUCGCACGUGCCAAGGAUCUGAUCAACGAGCUCUUGGAAGCCUCCACCCCAAACAAUCACGUCGUGCAGGACGAGUGUGCUCUGUGGAGCAGCUUCAACCUUCGUCUCGAUGACCCCCUUCGUUUGGCUGAUCACGUCAGAAGCGUUGGCGGCGAUGCCAGCGACGACAAGCGAACCGUGCGUGCGCAGACGUGUGUGCUGGCGGACGGCGUGGAGGUGCGGCACAACCUUGAGAUCUGCACGCCAUCCAUGCAGAACAACGGCACGCACGUGCUGCUGCUGUGCCUCGACACGGCUGCCCGUCUGCAAGUCGUGGCCCCUCAGCAGCAGAGCGGCAUGAGCAAGCCAUACACGCUCAAGCAGGAGACGAACGAGUCCGAUCUCACCGCCACCGUCACCGCCGCUGACGUGCUGCAUGACCAGCGCCUUGCACACAUCCGCCUGUACAACGACCACAGCUUCCGCGUCGCCACCCAGCAGCUGGAUGACACCAGGAGCCAGAGCAUGGGCAUGGUUGUCAAGGGCCCGCCCUUCACGUGGUACCGGGACGACCGCAAGUACCUGGUACUCGGUACAGUCGUCGUCUCCUCCGCCAGCAGCGCCAACAUGGCCAAGACGCUCGACGACGCCAUCAAGUCCAUCAGCAUGCUCAACCAGCAACCGGGCGCCCUGCAGCUGCGCCCCACAGAUGCGCUGUUUGCCGCCGCCGUGCUCCUGCGCAGCGCGGAGCUUCAGGACGCAGCGUGGUCGCGCAAGUGCCCGCUCUCCCUCGACUUUUGCCCGCCACAGCUGCGCAUUCUCCGCCACCGCGAGCAGCACGCGCAAUCCAGGCUGCUGGACAGCGAGUACUGGCAGGAGCGCUUCUACUUUGACAGCAGUCGCCGUGAGCUGGCCAGUGACACGCGCGAUGGCUUUGAUGACGGUGGUAACGACGGUGACGCCGCGACGCAGCCAUCCGUGGGGCGUGUGCUCGGCAACACGCUCUCAGACAAGCGCGUCGCCGAGGGCAAGUCCAUUGGCCUGCUUGCGUCCUCAGACUUCCAGAGGGUCACGGGCUACGUGCAGGAGGGGCAGCUGCAGUUUGGCAUGUGGCGCCCGUGCAUGUUCGCCUUUCGCGUGUCGCGCUCCAACCUGACCACCAUUCGCAUUCGCCUCUUUGAGCUGCAGGCCACGCAGACCCUCACCCUCGUGUACCUCACCUUCACGGAGCGCAUCCCCGUGGCAGACGUGUCGCGCCUCCUGCUGCCGUUCACCUCCCCGCUGAGCAUGGUUCGCAUCUUGCUCGACCAGACAGACGACGCCAUCGUGCGUGACCUGUCUGCGAGCCCCGUCGCCGAGUUCCUCUUCACCCCGUCCGCCACAGACGCGCUGGUCAUUGACCGCCCGACGCUGCGCCGCUUCAUCAACGACAGGCACCCCAUCCCAAGCGCUGUGAACGAGCUCGGCAUGAUCGACAGCACCAGCACUAUGCGCACGUUCGCUGCAAGCAGUGGCACUGCCACGAACACAACAACCGCCAGCAUGGCCAUGCGACCCCAGCUGCGGGAGAAUGUCGGAUCACCGCUUGUGCACUGGGUCAAGCAGGACGUGGACGCUGUGAUCAACGCAAACAUCAACGCCGUGCGGCUGCUUGAGGAGGGGCUGUCCAGGCUGACACACACAAGCACGGGGUCGCACCACCACUAUCACCCAGACAGCACGCCCUCCACCGCGUCUGCAAGCGCGCCCGGCUCCGCUCGCCUCAGUCUCGCGGGCAGCGUGGGCAGCAGCAGCGGCACCACGACGCCUCACAUCUUUGGCGGUGGUGGCAGCGUCCCCCAGUUGCACAUCAUUGCACACCCGGACAUUGGCGUGCUGCACCACUUGCGCAAGCAGCUGCUUGGCGCCGCCGCAAAACCGUUUGACAGCGCCUCGCCAACCUUCUACCGCGACCUCGACGCAGCGCUCACGGACACCGGCGGGUCGUCUUUGUCGUCGUCAUCAUCAUCAUCAGCAGCAGGAGGCAACCGGCGCAGCUGCAUUGUCAUCUCCUCUGCCAGCCUGCUCUCGCUCGAGGAGAAGCGUGCCCUGCGCACGCGCAUCGAGAAGGUGGACUGCCCUGUCGUGUUUCUCUCCACGUCGCUGGAUCCAUCGGAUGCGGAGACGUUUGAUGCCGUCGCCACCAACCGCAUCAGCAACACUUCCGCCUCCUUCGCUGAUGCUGGCGCCAUGAUCCACGACCUGACGCGCCACACGCCAGCAGCGCUGCUCCUGCAGAAGGGGCUGGUGAAGCUUGCCAGCCAGGCCACCCGAAUUGCCAGCGACAACGGGGAUGGCGAGGCACAGAACGGCAGUCAGGGCGCUCGCGGCGGAGCUGCUCAUGAGGACGGUGAUGAGUUUGGCACGCGUGCGUCUGUGCGCGCAGAUGCGAUUGCCCGGUCGCUGUCGCUCUGUGCUCUGCUGCAGCUGUUGCUUGGAAGCUCCUUCACAACCUCGCUUGUUCUGCAGCACACAGAGAGCGCCCUCCCCACCGCCCAGGCGUUGCUGGACGGGCUCGACAGCCUCCCAUCUCCGCCAUGUGAGGACAGAGCAAACUGGACCCAGUUUGUGGCUGCCGUCCGACGCGUCGACGAGUACAACAGCAGCGCCCAUGCUGGUGGCGACAAUGCGCUUGGAGGUGCUGGUGGCAUUCUGUGGCUCGCCCACCUCUACUCGCUCUUGUACAAGCGUGUUGCGUCUGCUUUUCGCACCCUGAGCCAUGCUGGCGACACCUCAGUGCUUGCCUACACCAACAACAACAGCAGCAACAGCAGUGAUGGUGGACUGAACGACUCCAGCAUGAGCGGCACUCACCAAGACGUCGCACGCAAGCAGCGCCUCAACCGCGCCCUCGCAGAAGUGUUUUCGCUGCCCUCUUACCAGCAGCUGCUGUGUAACUCCACCGCGCUGCAGUUUCUGCCCGAGGGCAAGCGCGUGUGCUUCUGGCUCAAUGCCAUCUCGCGUCGCCUCUCCAGCGAACAGAACGACCCAUUCGACGAUGGGAAUGACAGUGACGAUGGCGAGGGUGACGGCGCCAGUCUGCUCAGCGACGAGGGUGACCGCGAUCCGUUGGAUGUGAAGCCACACAUCAUCGAGCGGACCAUCAUCCCCAUGACCUACCGCAACGUCGUGCUGCCAUGCCACCGCAGCAGCCAGCGCUCCACUGCCACCCCGAACACACACGAGAGGCAGCAGCAGCAGCAUGAGGGCAAGGCUGACACCAGCAAGCUCACGUACUUUGCACGCACGCUGCCGUCGAAAAACGCCGAGGAGAUGAUUCUUCGCGCCGCCCAGCGCCUGGAGGAGGUGGACUGGGUUGCCCUGACGCAGAAAUGGGGCGAGCUGGCCAUGUCCGUGACCGGAUUUGUGCGUUUGCUGCGGUGCUGCGCAUAUCCACUUCACGUCGUCUUGACGAUGAGCCCGCAGAUCCUUGACUCGCUGCUGCAAUCCAUCACAUCGGAGCAGCAGAAGGCGGAACUCAGGGCCAUCUUUGGUCUCCAUUCUGACACAAGGCGUCGCGCAUCCGCAGGAACACCACCACCACCAGCAGCAGCAGCAACAACAACAACAACGUCCACGCAGGACGUGAUCAACGCGCUCUGCCGCACAGAGAAUGAUGCGUUUACGCCACUGGCCGUGCUGUUGUUCCACCUCGUGGGCCUGAACAGCGAUGCCUUGAACGACGGCUCCCACAUCCGGCUCAUGCUGCGAGCCGGCCUGCACUUUCGCGUGGUCAAGGACAACGCAACGCAACUGCUGCAGACACUGUGUGGCGUGGACGACCCUCGCUCCUUGUUUGUAGUGCAGCAGGGCCUGUCCCAAGCCCUCAGUUCCCUUAUCCCCGUCAGCGCCCUCGACGAAACCCUGAGGCGUGCACGCACCAUUGGCGCUGCCAUUGUCGCUGGCACACUCACCCUGUUUGACCGUGAGCAAGCGAAGCAGCCGCCCCCUGCAGCUUCCACGUCCUCUCGCGCGGCUGUGUCUGGGGCAGCGGCAGCAGCGGGCACGCACACGCAACCGCGCAUUCUCAACACGGCGCUUGGGCGGCUCGUCUGCGCCGCCGUGCAAGGCAAUGAAGAUGAUGUGCGGCGGCUGAUGCGCGCGCAACACAGCGCCCCGCUGCCUCCCUUCUCGCCAGCGUGCUGGGCAGACCUGCUCAGCCGCAUGGGCCCGCGAAACGAGGACGCACUCGUGCUGCUGCUGCGUGAGUGUGCGGCUGCCUCGCUCCACAGCGGCACCGCAGACGUCCGGGAUGGCGUGGAUGCUACCGCUCGUGACAGUGAGCAACAGAGGCUGCAGGUCGUGGCUGCCGUACGAACACUGCGCUCGUGCUUCUGCAGCAGCGGCCACCAAUCGCCGCUGUCGCUGGACAAUGUUGCCACAGCGCUGCUCAAGCUGGUUGCUGGCCGCCCGAGUUUGGCCCACCGUGCGUUGUCUGCGCAGCAGCAGCCGCAGCCGCCAGGUCACAGCUGGAGCACGCGGCGCAGUCGCAUGUUUGACGUGCUGUGCAGGGGCGUGGCUGACGUGGGUAGUGGCGACACCGGCAGUAGUAACGGCGCCAACGACGACGACGACGACGGCAAUGGCGCCACUGAUGGUGGCACCACAUCAGCCAACUGCUGGGAGGAUUGGGACUUUGAAGAGGAUGAUGCACCACCGUUGCACUUUGAUGAGCUGCAAAACCUCCGCCUCAAGCUCCUUCAGUUCUUGGAGACGCAGUGGCAAAAUGAAACGGAAAAGGACGCCACGCACCUGGCGCAAUUUGCGCGUCGAUUUCUCGCCAAGUUUGACGCCGUGUCCCUGGACCGCUUGCUUGCAGAUGCGGAAACGAGUGUCGUGUACACCAUGGCUCCACGUGAUGGGCGUAACAUCGCAUCAGGCGACUCUCGCCACAACACUCACUCAGAGCGUGCCCGUGCAGCCAUGCACGUGUACAUGGUGGUCUGGGCACUUCGCCCCAGCCGUCGGUUUGUCGUGGACUUGCAAGAUCUGGGAGCUGUCAACUGGCGUCUUCUGCGCAACGUGUGUCGGGCACUUGGAUUUUCAGAGCGCCUGAAGGGUGUGCUCAUCCCGCCGCUGCUUGGCACCUACCUUGCCACACCAGAAGAGCUCUCCCUGGCCGCGUUCCUCUCCUACGAGCAAGUGGUUGCGCCCUAUGAGGAGCGGAACGUGGAGCAGGAGACGCGCCUUGUUGGCCAACGUGGUGAACGCCCGCUCACCGUCACCGUGUACCAGCAGCGCGUAGACGGCCGUCCCAUGUUUGAGAGGGUGGCGAAGGCGUUUGGACCUGACCUGAUUGCGCAGGCCAAAUCGGUCGGUGCCGUUGUGUUCUCGGUGGAUUCUGGCUGCACCGAAGACAUCAUGAUGAUGAACCUUGGUGCCGUAGCCCAGCUGCUGAGCAAGAGCAGACGCGUGACAAUGCAGAACGCAUCGGCAGAGACAUCCGAGCAGCGGGUUGCUGCAAACCGCCAGUACAUCAUUGACCUCAUUCUGGCCUGGUUUGUGAUGUUGCGCGUGCCUGCGCGCGAAGCGAAACGCUGUGUUAAGCGCCACCUUGGCAACGACGACUUCGAUGACAGGUGCACCGACAAAGACUACAUGGCACAGCCCGCUCUCAUUGCCCCGCCAGGUGUCAUUGAUGUUCACAUGCGCGCGAGCGGCACCUUCCUCGAGCCCUUUGGUCGGCAGGCGGAGGACCGCGAGUUUACGCUGCGGUACCUGCGUCUGUUCUGUACAGACGAGAACAUUGUCUCUCGCGGGGGGCGUGAAGGUGCAGAUCUGAGUGACGUGGCGAACGCUGCCGCGCUUGCGUUUGGGCGCGCAUUUGGUGAGGGUGACCCAACGAGCGAGGACGCAAAUGGGCGCGUGCGCAUGUUUAUGAUGGCUGUACAGGCGUUCUUCAUGUUUGGCAAGGACGCACGUGUCCACGCCGAGAAAAUGCUCAACAAGUGUAUUGAUGGCGUUGCAUCUUGCCCCAACCCUCCGGCACCGGCCCCCAACGCACCGGCCCCCGGCCCCAACCCACCGGCACCGGCCCCAACCUGUGCUUGGUUCUUCAGGUGGGCUGUGCGCGCCGUUGGCUUCACGGACAACCCGACAGAGAGCGACAGGGAAAACCUGCAGCAGAGCGACAGCACCAACCGAAAGAUUGUUGCGCACAUUUUCCGCCACUACUGCGACAAGUCACUCACCAUGUGCGACACGACCUUCAAGGAGCUCAAGUUCUGUGUGGAGGCGAAGCUGUUUCCCGAAUCCGUGCUGAGGGAGGAUGACGUCCAGGCACACCUACUGCUGGCAACAACGACAACCAGCAACGGCAGCCUGCGGGAGCUGUGCCGUCGCAGCCGCGAUGGGUCUGUGACUCCCGCCAUCGCGCCCACGAGGGAGCUGCAAGAACCGACGCUACACAGCAGUGCCCUGAAUGCACGCAAAGAUGACGAUGACGAUGGAGAUGGGGAUGGUGAUGGCGAUGGUGAUGGUGAUGACGACAGCGACAGUGUUCUCACUGAUGACGACCUGACGUCAUUUUUCUCUGCUGCUGUUGCGUCAGAAGUGAGCGAUUCGGACGAAGGACUGGGCGGUGGCAGUGGUGCAAAGGCGCGCAAACACACGCAGGGCCUUGAAGGCCCCGUUAGCCUCAGCUUCAAGGAGCGGAAGAUUGUCAUUCGCAUGGAAGACGUGCUGCAUCUGAAGGACAAUCUUGUGCCCACGGCCAACCGCACAAGUGCACCUGGCCGCAGCAACAGCAGCGCUACCGCUGACGCCACCGGCAACGCCAAUGACGCAGGCGACAACAACAACGGCACCAACAGCCACGGCGAGCAUCAUGGCGGCGAUGGCGCGACGAGUGCAACCCUGCCGCCUAUGUCUGGCGGUGACGAUGGCUUCCGCUUUGGUGCUCUGAACGUGAACAUCCAACACGGAGACGGUGGUGUCCUGUGCAUGAAGAAAGUGAGCUCGGGCAAGUUGACGUUUGAGUACAGGGAGAUGGCGACACUGCGCUUCUUCCCUCGCUCCGCCUUCUACGGGCCCGAUGCCUCGCAAAUUCCCGAGAACUACACGCUCCUGCAGACCUUUGCCACGCACGAGAUGGUGUGGCGGCACAUUGCCAAGUUUGCACCUGCAGGGUCUGUUGUUGUCGGCAGUGGCGUCAUCCUUGUUCGCAACAAGGAAACACACCAGUUUGAGCCCUUGUUCCUGCGCCACCCGAACGCUUUGUCGCUGCGGCAGCGCCUGCUCUUGUUCAACCACCUCUCAGACUACGGCCUGGGCAGUGAGGUUGCAGCUGCGUUGCGGCUGGUGACGGUGCUUGCCGUGUUGACAGAGCAGACACACCAGCCCACCGAUGAACAGCGCCGUGCAAAGACUGUUGAUGAGCUCUACACGGUGCUGUCCUCCUCUGCUCACUUUACGAUCGGCAGCCGGGAAAAUCGGGAGGAAAAGGACGAAGAACAGCCAGAACAAGAAGGCCGCGAGUCUGAAGCGUUUGAGACCAUCUUCCAGACGUUCCUUGGCUUGAUUGGUGAAGACGAUGUUCGAGGCCUGAUCGACGCAGCCUAUGAGCUCCUGCACAAACCAGAGCAAGAGCAGUCAACAGCAGCAGAGGCCAUGCGCAGAAGCGAUGAUGAUAACGAUGACGAUGAUGAUGACGAUGUUGGUGUGUUGCCGACCCUGUUUGAUGCGACCAACAACGACGAUGAUGAUGCAGGGCAAAGCCCUGCGCCGCCGUGCGAACAGUUUCUGAGAGACAUCAUCAUGCCCUCCAUCACAACCGUCACGCAGCGGUUGAGGAAGAGCGAGUCGUAUGCGUCCGCAAUGGAGCACGCAACAGAGUACACGGAUCCCAUGCGUUUCCUGUUUCUCCUUCAAGACAACACGGGCCGCUCCCGCGACGCUGCAGCAGACCAAGCAGCGCGAAAAGCAAGGCAGCAGUUCCCGGCCAUUCCCGAGCAAAUGAGCUCUUGCUUGCAAAUUCCAGCAACCACCGCUGCGGUGAGCUUUGCCGGGGCAAACGACAAAGACACGUGUCGGUUCGUGUGGCUGGAGACGCGCAAGGCGAGCUCCGGGCCUUCCACCACGCUCGCGUACCUGCUCAUGUGGAAGAACGAGACAGGCGAGAACAAGGUGCGCCCAGAAGUGUCGCCAGAGGUGGUGACGUGGCUUGCAAAGGUGCUCGCUGCACCACUGCCCGCCAGCUUCCGCAAGUGGUUUGUGUGCGCAGCCCUCCUGCGCCACCCACAGCCGCCACCGCGGGUAAACCCCAACGAGUACCUCAGUCGGUUCAUCACGUGCUUUUCGCUGGCAGACACCUGCCCCGAUGAUACUACCAGAAGCAUGCUGCUGUCGCAGUUUGAGCUGCCACACCCCCUGCCCCAAUUCUUUGGGCACGUGAGCGAGGUGUAUGGCGUGUACAACGUGCACGCGCGUGUGCUGGCCAUCCUGCGCAAGCGACUGCGGGUGCCGCUCAAGGAAAUCAACAAGCAGGACCUGCGUGCCCGCGGCAUUGUGACAAAGGACCACAUCUUCGCCACCAUUGUGGACGCCUUUGACGAGCGGACCGUGAUUGUGUAUGUGCGUGGCUUCAAGACCAUCGACGACCUGCUGUUCAAGUGGUGUGCGGAGUACACAAAGGCCAUGCCAUUCCACUACAUCUUCUUCGAACAGCUCGACAUGUCACGCAACUUCUGUGAGAACAGGGACAGGUGCAACAUGUCCCUGUACCGCCCGCUCACCCUGGAAGAGCUGCAGAUCCUCGGGUCCUCCGAAGCCGAAUCAGGUACAGACACCACUGCAAGCACCGCCGUUACCAGCAGCACCGGCGGCGCCCGCGGCGUUGCUGGCCUUGCAGGCGUUGCUGCAAUGGUCGAUCAGCCACUCGCCAACGCAACCACUGACGGCAGCGGUGGCGGUCUGGGGCAUCACCACCACCAGCAGCCACAGCAGCAGCAACAGCAGCAGCAGCCGCCACAAAUGCAGCAGCAGCAGGCCCGACGUCACCAUCACCGUCGUGGCGCGACGCAGUCGUUCCUGCAGGGGCAAGCAGCGCAGCUCAGCAUUGAGAAGAUUGAGUACAAGUCAACACAGCGCAUGUGGGACAAACCCACCCUGGAUGAGGUGGAGGCGGAAGAAGUGGCACUCCCGUACACGAGUGUGGCUGGAGACUGGAAGUACGAAAUUCGUCAAUGGCUGGAACGUUCCCACGAUCCACAACAGCAGGCGGGCGGCCACAGCAACUUGCACGCGCGUGUCAUCUUCUCUCCUCCGGGCGCAGGGAAAACGCGCUUCAUGGAGAAAGUGAUGAUGAAACGGGCCAAGAACCUAGGGUUUGAGUGGCAGUACUUUGACUGCUCAAACAGCCGCCUUGUGGAGGAAAACCUGACGUCCUUGCUGGAGGAGGUGUGCAGCAACAGCAGCCGCAAGACAUUUCUGGUUGUGGACGAGUUUCACAUGCUCACGCGCGCGCAGAAGCGCGAGGUGUUUGAGUACCUGCUGCGGCGCCAGCAACGCAUGUACACUGUGGUCAUUGGCAACCGCAAGGAGAAGGAGGACGACGACUUGAAGCAGAUGUGGGAGGACGCGAAGGUGGACGUCAAGAUGUUUGCGUGCCGCCUCCCCGUUUCGGACUUGUGCACGCUGCUGAGACAAGAAGAAAAGCUUCCCACGCUUGCGCAGGCAGACACAAGUAAGGGCAAGGAUGCUGGGAAACAGGAUGCGCUGACGCACCUGAUGUGGUGGUACGGUGCCAGUCGCGCGCUCUUCUCAGAUGACGUGCUGACAUUCCGCAACCGCAAGGCCGCCUUCGAUGCCAUCAGUGGAGCGAGUGAAAAGAGGCUGGAUACCGUGCUGCUGUCUAAAGCACAGGCACUGGGCCCGCUCAUGUGCGAGCGCAUGACGCACUUUGUGAAGCAGUUUUACGAGCAGUUUGGAGACAAGCCGCUCGCAGAGUCACUGGCGGGUCUGCUGGACGAGACAGACGGGGACCCGUUUGCCCUGCUCACGCGCGCAGGCGUUGCAUCGUACCUGUUUAUGAAGCUGAAGAUGGAGCAACACGAGCAGCAAGGAGGUCAGGGCAAUGGCGAAGAAGAAGGAAAGGGAGAGCCCAGUGGAGCGCCUGCUCGUGCUCCCAAUGCCAGCGAUGGUGCUGGUGAUGACACUUCGGCAGCCAGCAACGGGAGCGCAGCAGCACAGCCAAACAAAGGCGGCGACGGCCAGUCCGACCCCAUCAUGGAGGGAAAACAGAAAGGCAAUGAGCUUGACGAGUACCUGCUGCUGUCUUUCCCCGAGUACUGCCGCAAGCUUCCGGAGAGCCACACCAUCCCGCCCAUCGUGCGACUGUCGCUCUGGUGCCGCUGUGUUUUCCAGGAGUGCCUGGCCCUGUUGCACACGAUUGGGCUGAACCCACGGGCCAACACCAACGAUCGCCCCACCAACGCCAGCAGCGCCGUGGCAAGCACAUCCAUACCACAACACGUGGCGAGCACAGCGUGCUUGCAACUGUUGUGCGUGAUCGACCAGCCCGACUUCCCCCUCGUCACGGGGCUUGCCUCUGAGGUGCAGCCGCUGGGCGAGGGGCGUGCCUUCUCCGAGGGCGGCGACUACGCUGAUUUGGAGUGGAUUCGUGUCAGCCUGCAGAAGAACGCGGCCAUCAGCUGGGCGCGUGCUAAACGCGUUUGGAAGCAGCAUUUCAUCAGCGACAUUGUGGGCAUCACGCGCCUCCUCAACGAAGCGCCAGACCCGUACAGCGUGGUCAAGGCUUUGGACCCGGGCAACCUGUGCGCCCUCAUGCGCGCCAACAUCCAGUUCAAGACGUGCGAGGAGCUGUGCAAGGCUGUGAUUCACGUCGUGCUGGAAUACGGGCCGAGCCUCAACGAUUCUGUCAGUGGUGCCACUGGGGAUGGCAGUGGUGGUAGUGGUAGUGGUAGCAGUGGUGGCUCCUCCUCAUCAAGCGCGGACACCGUUGACGCAGGAGACGGAGGCAGCGAUGCAGCAGUCGACACGACGUUCAAACUUGAUGCACAGAGCCCCAUUUUCUUGGCGGUGUGGAUUCUGUUUGACAAGCAGAAGGACGUGGAGGCGGACUUGUUAGCGCGCCUGACGAAGAAGACGGGGCGAGACACGGCGCAAGCAACCGCAGCCUUCACGCACAAGUGGGAGCAAGUGGUUGCGCGCACGCUCGUAUGGGCUGCGAUGUUCAGCAGCAUCAAGCCUACCGCGCAGGGUAGCCCGGAGCAGGCCACCAACAAUCUGCGCGCCGCUUUGCUGCAGGCCUCGUCACAGAUCAUCAGCACGAGCAGCGCACACACGGCAACGACUCGCCUCAACGCGCUGUGGGGACACAGGUUUGCACAGUUGCUGCCGCAGGACCCAGGCCUCCUGCGCAACAACAAGGCACUCGUGUUUGCGCUUGCAGGAACCACGGGCAAGCUGCCCGCGGAAUGGCCAACCAUCAUCACGCUCAUUCGACGCGUCAUGGAUGAGACUGCGCGGGAGAUUGACGUUGUCACAAUCAACGACCACCCCUUCUUCGGUGGCAGUGCAGAUAGCAGUCGCAGCGGUAGCAGCAGCACACGCACACAGCGCGUACCAUUCCCGCUGGUCGAGCUGCCACCUGAGACGCCCGGACGGCGAGAGGAAGAGCUGUUUGUGCGCGGGCUCCUCUCACCGAAGCUCAACUUCCACCUCCCUGUACGCAUCCAGGACGCCCUCAUUCGCGCAGAGCCAGCCAGCCUGGGAUGUGCGUUUGACGUUGUGCCGAUUCCGCUCAACUUGGAGUACAUGUCGCACAAAUUCAAGCUAUGCAUGCUCACGCUGGCAACGUCUGACGACAUUGAGUGUGGGCCGCUGAAGAGCGAGCUUCGAAGCCGGUAUUACACCCUCCACGGUGCAAAGAGCCUGGCCGCCAAGCGGGAGGCAGUCAAGUCGGUGCAGCAGCAGCGGCGCAAGCAGGCAGACAAGCAACUGAAGGAGGACAUGGAGCACAUGUAUCGCAUCCUGGACGUGAAGGAAGCAGACAUCCUUCAAUACUACAACCGUCGCUUGGGCGAGCACUCGCUUAAGGCGCUUUCCGAGGGCAAGGUGGAGGUCGACAAGUACAAGAACCCGCGGGGUGGGCAGUUUGACCUGGCGUGCGACGGCGCGUUUGCCAACCAUCAUGUCCUCAUUGGCAACUUCUUCAGAGCACGCAUCGAAUUUGUGCCGUGCCAAUUCAAGAGAGCGUGGUCCGGCCGACGCAGGGACUUGUCUGCUCAUCUCGGCCUGGAGCAUCACGAGCUUCGUGACCACGAAGGUCAAUUGUACGUGGCUGCGGGAAAGGCUGAGGCCGUGCGCACCCACAGAGACGUGCGGCACGUGGGUGGUGACAAUGACAAGGUGGUGCUUGACGAGCUGCCGGAAGACAUGCUGCGUGACAACGUCAAGGAUUUCAUGCAACGGAAGGGGUUUGCGUUCAGCAUCGUGGGCAGCGAGCGUGAGUUCUGUCGCGAGCUUCACUCCAAGCGAUACGAUGUUGCGUGGGUGAUCUCUGGCGCAGCUGGCGACGCCUACUACAUGGAGGCGCACGGGCGCCCUGACGCAGUUGAGCAGUGGAAGAGCGAUGUGAUGGAUGUGGCAAAGGCGUGUGCCCAGUUCCACCAGCGUGGCGGCGGACUGUUCCUGCUGGGCGAGAACGACCCCUUCCACGUGCACGUGAACACCAUUCUUGCAUACUGCGGUGACAGCAUGCGUGUGACAGACAACAUUCCCGGCGGGAACUUCAUUGUGCGCGACAGGUACUACCAGGGCACGCCAGGCGACACCGUCUUGUCCAAGCAGUCGAAUGGCAGGCUUGACAGCCGCCACCCCAUCACCACUGGUCUGGUGACGCUGUUUGAAGGCGUCACCAUCUGCUACCCGACAACAGAGUCCCGGGACGGGUCUUGGCGCACCGUUGCGAGCGGAGGCUUUGCAAAGGCCGACACCAGCCACAGACGCGUGCCCGUUGUGCUUGCACGCGACGGCGAGCGCCGGGGCUGCGGCCGCAUUGCCGUCGACACGGGCUUCACCAAGAUGUGGGUGAACUGGGACGUCGGUGGCACCGAUCGCUACGUUAUGAACACGACAAGCUGGCUCGUGGGCACAGACCUGCGACUGAGAAAGUCGAAGACGAACGUUGCUGCGCUCCCUGGUGCUGCAAGUGGCUCCCACAACCACAACCACGCGCAAACUGCACGCGCGUUCUUGGACAAGGCUGUCCGGGAGGCGGCACCACCGGGCGUUGAUCUGGUCUGCAUCGUGGACUUGUCAGGCAGCAUGUCGGGUUACUUCCAGCAGCUGUGUGACUUCUUGCACCAAAUGAUGGAGACGUUUGAAGUUGGUGUCGGUGCUUCUCGCAACCGGAUGGCCAUCAUCGGCUUUGGGACACACUCACGCAUCGACACGUGGCUGACAAACGACCAGUCAACGUUGUCGCGCUGCAUCAGGUCUCUCGAUUGUCGUGGUGGUACACUGUUCCAACCUCCACUGCGUCAAGCAUUGGAUGCGUUGAGGCGGGACCAGAGUGACUACGCAACACAUAACCGCCGCAUUCUCAUGUUCCAGACAGACGGGAUGAAUGGAGACGCUGGCCCUGGUGUUGGGCAGCUUUCGCGCCAGAUUGUUGACGGUUGCAACACCACAAGCUACGGCAUUGUCGUCGGUGAUCGGAACGCCAUGGACCGCGUGCGUGAUAUCUGUGGGCCUGCAGGCAGGUACGACAGCGAGAACCGCUCGCGUGGUGCGCACAGCGACUACAUUCUGUUCAUCAACGAUUACGAGGUCCUGCGGCGCGAAGCCGGAAACAUUGCCCGCCAACUCCAAAGCGCCGCCUGAGCGUGUUUGCGCGAUUGCGUGCGUGUGUGUGUGUGUGUGAGUGAAGUUGUGUGUGCUUGUGUUUGUGGUUGCGGGAACGUGUGAAUGAAAUUGUUGUCUGGUUGCGUGUAUUUGUUUGCGUUGUGCGUGUGCGUGCAUGUCUGAUUGUGCGUUUUUUGUGCGAACAGGCACAUGAGGGUGCGAGAAUGAGAGCUAUGGGAUGUGCCUGUUGUGUGUGCUUUUGGUUUCAAUGUGCGGGUGCAGCUGCCCCUUGUCUUUUCUGCGAUGUUGCGCGUUGCUUGCAACCCUCUGUUGCCUUUCUCUGUGUGUUCAUCUUGCUUUAGCCUCUGCCUGAUUCCGUUCAUUCUUCAUUGGCACUGUUCCGUUUACAACAUCACUGUACCAUCCCACCACGA